AUGCACCUAACUCCCCCCUCCGUUAGCGAACAAAACCAUUAGAAAAAUCCCUAUUUUUUUGCCCAAAACCCCUUCGGUGAGUGAACAAAAGCAUUAGAAAAUUCCUACUUUUGCCCAAAAAUCCCCUCCGUGAACAAAAAUUUUUUGUGAAAAAAAAAAUUGAUAUAUAAAUGAUAAUUAUUAUAACGAAAUCUCUAGCUAAUUCUGGCUAACUGGAGUAAAAGUUUCUCUAUUUAAUGGAUCUACAUUCUUAGUUCAAAAUUUAGCUAAACUCGUUUGGAAAUUCAGAAGCUGGAUAAGCUUCGAUGAAUUUCCAAGAUUUGUGAAGGUGAACAAUAAUGGUGGAAAGCUGAUAUUGUUGGUUUUGGCUUGCUGGGAUAUGUAUAGAAGCUUUGGCAAUCCUAUUUUGAUCAUGAGCCAAUUUGGAAAAUCCUCUGUCUUUGGCAGCUGGAAAUCGUUUAAUUUGCUUUCAAGAUUAGUAGGAGAUGUGGCAGGUGAUGGAAUUAUGAACGUUGUUGGGUUUUGAGCUGAUGGAAUGUGUAUAGCUGUGUUAUUAAGUGGCAUAAGCUCUUAUCCCUACCAAUUUGAAGUAAGUUAA